AUGCAUUCGGCGCCCACUACACCCAGCAUGCCUUCCGCCACGUCCAGCCGUGGCCAUCACAGCACAAUUGGCCUUUUAAGCAGCCUUAUGCGUCGCUUAUUAAAACUUUUGAUUAGCUGCCUUCUCAUGCCGGCCAUGCAACAACACAUCCACGUUAAUUGGUCUCCAAUGUCAACAUCUCCAACGUUCAGCAUACUUGCGCAUGCCUCCACCAUCUCGCUUUCGCUUUCGUUGUCUGCCGCGAACUCAACCAACGUUGCUGGCGUAACGGCGCCCACUGCUAAGCUGGACGUUGGCAUGACUGCUGUGGCGGCAGCCGCUUUAUCCGGUUUGGGUGCACGCGCUCCAGCCUCCUGGUCGGUGGCUGCCUCACAUAUGCGUCUGACGCAGCGCAAUAAUCAUGCUAAUAUCUCCGAACUGUUGGAUAAUUUAUUACGUGGCUACGAUAAUAGCAUACGACCAGGAUUUGGCGGUCCACCCGCUACAAUCGAGGUUGAUAUUAUGGUACGGAGUAUGGGGCCCAUUUCCGAAGUAGAUAUGACUUAUUCGAUGGACUGUUAUUUCCGUCAAUCAUGGGUGGAUAAGCGUUUAGCCUUCAAAGGCGCUCAGGACACAUUGGCGUUGAGUGUUUCGAUGUUGGCGCGCAUCUGGAAACCCGAUACAUAUUUUUAUAAUGGCAAACAGAGUUAUCUGCAUACCAUAACGACACCGAAUAAGUUUGUGCGCAUUUAUCAGAAUGGCAGAGUGUUGUAUUCGAGCAGAUUAACAAUCAAAGCUGGCUGCCCAAUGAACUUGGAAGACUUCCCCAUGGAUAUACAAAAGUGUCCACUAAAGUUUGGCUCAUUUGGCUAUACGACAGCGGACGUUGUCUAUCGCUGGAAUCGCGAGCGCCCAGCUGUUGCCAUCGCCGAGGAUAUGAAGUUGUCACAAUUCGAUUUGGUCGAUUGUCCGGCGGGCAAUCUCACCGAUGUGAUCUACAAAGCAGCCGCGCCACAUGAUGCCACACACAACAGCCACAAACCAGGCAAUGCUAACAGAAACAGCAAUAAUUACUACAACAAAAAUGCAGGCAGCGAUUACAAUCCGAAUCGCAAGAGUCAGAAGUAUGGCGGUAAAUCGAUGACUACAUUUGCGGGACCGGGCGCGAAGAAUCAGCAUGUACGCGGUACGGGAUUGCAGUUGGACAAAGGUGCCUUUGGAGCCGAGUACUCAAUGCUUAUGGUGAAUUUCCACCUCCAACGUCACAUGGGCAAUUUUCUCAUACAAGUUUAUGGCCCCUGCUGUCUACUCGUCGUACUCUCUUGGGUCUCAUUUUGGCUUAAUCGUGAGGCCACCGCGGAUCGUGUCUCGCUGGGCAUAACUACUGUGUUGACAAUGACAUUUCUCGGCUUGGAAGCACGCACCGAUCUGCCGAAGGUUCCCUACUUGACUGCUUUGGAUUUCUUCGUGUUUCUUUCGUUCGCCUUUAUUUUCGCCACCAUACUACAGUUCGCUGUCGUGCAUUACUUCACGAAAUAUGGUUCCGGUGAAUGUUAUUUCAUCAUCGAAGAGAUGGACUCAGAUACUGAAUCAGAAGCGGACGCRCGCACGCUGAAGAGCGAAUUUAAUGUUAGCACCGAGUCGAAGUUAUACGAGGUGAUACCAUUGUCGAUGUGUUCGAUACCGAUACAUAGCACGGGCAAGGGUUCAACGUCGGCGAGCAGCAGCGGUAUUGGUGUGCGUGCACGUCGCAAUUCGGGCACUAAGCGCCGUAUACUAGGAGGUGGUGGUAGAGGUGAAAGCGGUACUGGUAGUGGCCGCUACUAUUUGAAUUGUUUCACUUGGUCGUGCUUUCGUCGGCGGAAACGUGGUCGCGUUGGCUUUGAUAUGUCGGAUGAGGAUGAUGAAGAAGCGCAUUUGCGUGCCGGUGAAGAGCCCACACCACAUCGCGGCAGCGGCAAAAGACGCAUGUCUUUCUACCGGCGCGAAGAACUAGAAGCACGUCGCAAAGGCAAGCGUGUACCGCAGUACAACUCUGUAUCGAAAAUCGAUCGCGCAUCUCGCAUAGUCUUCCCAAUGCUCUUUCUGCUCAUCAAUGUCUUUUACUGGUAUGGCUACUUGUCACGCAGCUCACGAAUCCUAGCGAAUACACCGACGGCCACUUGAUGUUACCUUUUAGCAAUUUAGAUAAAGUCCGAGAAGAAAACGAACGUACGGCUAUGUGGUGGCGUUGAAGGCAACAAAAAGUUAAAUUUACAAAAAUUAUUCGCUAAUGAUGUGACAAGCCAUUGGUAAACUUGUUCCGCUAGUAAAUUAAGUAAAAAAUCUACAUAUUUUUGGAGAAACAAUUUAUGAAAACAAAUGCUGCCGUUUAAAUUAGAAAAUAAUUAAAAUACUGCUAAGAAAUUAAGCGAAAAAAAUAUUUCAGACAGACAUAAAACAUGUUAGCUUUCAUCAGCUGUCACUGCUUACCACAAUUUUGCUCAACAGCGUGCAACUCUUUUCUUCUUAACUAAAUUGCUAAAAUAAGGAAAAUACUAGACACUAAAAAAGAGGGCUUUGUAAACUCGGUGUGAGAGUAACUGUUAUGUAAUUAAAACCGUAAUUAAAUGAAUAUUUGAGUACUAAUAAUGCAUAAUUAAAUACACAAGCGUGAUGACGUAAAUCUUAGCUUUAAAUAGACAAAAAUAAAACAAGCUUAAUUUGUUAAACAGUUUGAAAGCCACUAGGCAUUGUGUGUGGGGACGUGCCCAAUGUAUUGUAAAAAGUUUUGAAAGCGUUGAAGUAUUUCUAGGCCUUAACUGCAUAUACAAGAGCAGUGUGAGAAGGCAUCGGAGAUCGAGAGUGUAAUGGAGGUGUUGUGUGUAAAUGGUUAGAAAAACUGUUUCAGUUCAUAUAUACAUAAGUAAUGUUAUAUACCAUAAAUAAAAAAAUUAUAAAAAGAUAAUAAAUUUAACGUUUUUGUGGAUAAAGUGUG